AUGAGCGAAAGGGAGAAUGAACUGGAAGCUGAUGCGAGUGAAGUGUCUAGACUAGAUGAUAGUCUGGACAUGGAAGACCUGGAAGAUACUGAAGAAGAACAGGAAAGAGAUUUGCUCGAAGUAUCAAGACAGGAAGACAGUCUAGAUAUGGAAUACCUCGAAGAUACUGAAGAAGAACAGGAAAGAGAUAUGCUCGAGGUAUCUAGACUGGAAGACAGUCUAGAUAUGGAAGAUCUGGAAGUGCCUAGCCCGGAAGAGAUUCCCCCCGACAUGGAAGAACCAGAGAUCCCUGAUCAAGAAGAGUCAGAUGUAGAAAAACAGAGCUUAGCAGAAGCUCAGGAAAGGAGUCAAGUUUACGGAAAUAAAAUGGAACAUCUCUGGAAGGAAGCACAGGAGGAGAUUGUGCGGCUUCAGAACCAACUUGUGGACCAAGACAAGUUGCUGGAAAAGAGCGCACAGGAGGGAGCAGGACUGAAGAAAGAAAUCGAGAACGUCUACCUUGAAAAGGAACAUGUUCUGACUGAAAAGCGGCGCCUAGAAGGACAUUUGGAACUGGCUAUAGAUCGAGGAGAGAGGUUAGAGAACUUGAAUAAAAAAACUGAAGGAGAAAACAGAGUCUCUAGAGAGCCAGUUAGAGGCGAAUGA